GGCGCGACCAGGGCCAAAAUAGCUCCAGAGCGCAGGCAAGCUCUAGUUAUUCCUUCACUUAUUUCGCACGGAAUGCAAUCUGGUGCUACGGAAACGACUUAUGCUACACUGGCAGUGCCUUCCGCAUUUCGUGAAAGUGUUGACGCUCUGUGCUGUGCCUAAAGCUUUAUGCCGGGACUGCAACUGUAUACUGUACAGUGUACUAGCACUUCUACAUAGAUGCGUCUCGGAAGGAGGGUCCCCAUACUUAUAUCCAUGCCACGAGAGCAGUCACCUGCAGCCGUACUAAGAAGAGAUGUCAGAAAACGCCGAACGGCGACGGCGGUCAUUAGUAGAUUAUCGGCGACGGCGGUGAUUAGUAGAUUAUCGGCGAUAGCGGUUAUAGCAACAGUUCCCCACAGGAGCGUUUUCUCGAGUCUCCUACUUCCACUCGCACUGUUGAUUCUCGCCGGUGCCUCUGAAUCUGCGAGAUUGGUCCCACCAGAUUCAAGCGCGCCAAGCUUUGAGACGUCUCAAAACCAGAUUCCCGCUGGUGCUUCUGAAUCCGCGAGAUUUGUCCCACCAGCUACAAGCGCGCCGAGCCUCGCUAGAAAUAUACUACUGCCCAACGAGCCCUUGCCCUCUUCCUCCUCUUCCUCCUCUUCCUCGCUCUCCCCUUCGGCCGAGUCGCACGAUGACGUGGCAGAGUCGUACGAUGGCGUGUUGGUUCCGCGUCGCAUGCUGUUCGCCCCCGGAUGGGUUCUUUGGCGAAUGGCGAACUCCUACAGAUGUAACCCGUCGUCGCUCAAGGGUUACACGUCCAGUCGCAGACUCGGCAACGGUCUCGUGCUGCAUUGGAAAGCCACAACGGGCAAGAGAUUAAGGGUGGCGGUUGUGGCUAAGGCCGGCACAGAGGCCGCAGCAGCCGGGUGGUUCGCAGUGGGGUGGUCGCCCAAGGGGCGCAUGGACGGCAGCAACGUGGUGUCGAUAGAGUCGGACAACAUCCCCAUUGCUUAUGACUUGAGCACCGAUAUGGACGCGACUGAGGCGAGCGCGUGGGGGGUUACCGACGCCUCGGUGACUCGUACGCAGAGGGGCACCAUUCUGAGGUUCACUCGCACCAAGGGCGACGGGUCAUCAGUGGGCAUCAGAACGUGGGAGGGCCUCAACUACAUUGUGUUCGCCUAUGGCAUGGGCAACACCAUCGGCGAGCCCCAGUACAGUAACACGGCCCUGAUCGAUUUCACAUGCGGCUGCGGUUUGCUGCGCUUCCGGUGCUGAAUCCACUCUCCGGUGUCGAGUCGAGUACAUGGCUUAGUUUGUGCUGGUGUACCAUAAACAAGGACCACCUACACUUCUGUAGUGCACCAAUAACAUAAAUGUACAAAUGAAGUUUUCUCGAGUCGCAGAAACCACAACUAUUUUCCCACGGGUAUGUUGUAACUGACCUAGUAUAGAUUGUUCUUGAUAGUACUACCAUGUGAAGAACAGC